CUCUACAGUCAUGUCCUGUUCUGCUAGGAAGAAACACAUAAUGCCCUACAACAGCUGAUGUGCAUCUGGAUCAUAAGGAACAUUGGAUGAUUUUUGUAGAAGAUUCGGAAAGGGCACCGAUUAUCAAAACAGCAGCGACGGUAAACGUGAAGAGCUUACUCCUACACAUCAUGUCCUCCCGAAAGAAGGUGCUGCUCAAAGUGAUCAUCCUAGGGGAUUCUGGAGUCGGGAAGACCUCUCUGAUGAACCAGUAUGUGAAUAACAAGUUCAGUAAUCAGUAUAAGGCCACUAUUGGAGCCGACUUCCUGACGAAGGAGGUGAUGGUGGACGACAGACUGGUCACCAUGCAGAUUUGGGACACGGCGGGACAGGAGCGCUUUCAGUCUCUGGGCGUGGCGUUCUACCGAGGGGCGGACUGCUGCGUGCUGGUGUACGACGUCACCGCACCAACUACAUUCAAGACCAUGGACAGCUGGAGGGACGAGUUCCUCAUUCAGGCCAGUCCUCGUGACCCGGAGAACUUCCCCUUUGUUGUGCUGGGCAAUAAAAUCGACCUGGAGAACCGGCAGGUAACGACAAAGCGAGCUCAAGCAUGGUGUCAGAGUAAGAACAACAUCCCCUAUUUUGAGACCAGUGCCAAAGAAGCCAUUAAUGUGGACCAGGCCUUCCAAACCAUCGCUCGCAAUGCACUUAAACAGGAGUCGGUGGAGACGUAUGACUUCCCUGACCAGAUUAAACUGAGAGAUGACAGACCGGUGUCUAGCAGUGAUGGCUGUAGCUGCUGAAGGAAACACCAAACCGGGGACGGCAAGAGAAAGAGCCAACAUGGGAAAGGGAGGAAGCGAGAUGGAAAAGAUCCAGGCGCCCGUCCUCCCCUUAUUUCUCUUUUAAAACCUUCAGGGUAUCAGAUGCCGCUGCGAGUGAAAGCUGAACAUCCAUUUUCUUGCUGAACUCCAAGUACACGUGUGGUAUGAUGAACCGUUGAGGAACAGGAAGACCAAUGUGUUGCAUUUAUUACAAGUUCUGCUAUCACUACAGCUGUCCGAGAUUUUCCAUGUGGCUACUCCUGCUGUCUGUGCAAUUUUCUUUUCUUUUCUCAGAAAUGACCUUUGCUCUGCUAGUUCAAUGUGCCUUUUUAAUUUGUACUAUUGUACUGUUAUUGUUCUCAAUGCCUGUUUCACUCCUAGGCUGAAUGAAGAUUCAGUUAAAAACAUUACAUAUGUAAUAGGGCUGGGAAAUAGACCAAUAUUAAUAAAAUAUUUUAUCUGAAAUUUAAAAGGAAUCAACUUUUGUUUGCACCAUAGCUUCUCAGUAAAAUAAACAUGCAGAAAUGGCUUGGGAGCUCUUCAGAUCAGUUCAUGUGUUUUCAUUUAUCAAUCACAAGUCCCAGUUUCACAUAAUUUCAAAUGUUUAAAAAAAAAAAAAAUUAUUUUAUUAGUGUCUGUUUAAAUAUAUUUACCCGUUAAAAUGUAUGGAAAACAUGCAAUGAUAACAAGAUUUUAAACUCCAUUUUUUACUUUAAAUCCACUUCACAAAAAUGCUGUUUGUUUGAAAUGAUAAUUCCUCUACAUGAAUAAAUCAGGACAAAUGACUAUUGUCAAAAGAUAAAAAAUGUUCCCUCAUGUCCCAGCCCUACUAGUAUGUAAUGAAUAAGCGAGUAAAGAUGUGCAAACAGUGUAUUAACUUGGACACAAGGGUA